GCGCCUGCGCGCGGGCCUCCGGAAGUGACGCCCGCGGGAAGUGACGCUACCGGAAGGGGCGCUUGGGGGCGCGCCAUGGCCCGGGAGGCGGCGCAGUGGCCGCCAGAGGAGACUCUGUCGCUCUGGAAACGGGAGCAAGCCCGGCUGAAGGCCCUCGUCGUGGACCGGGACACGGAGGCGUGGCAGCGGGACGCCGCCUUCUUGGGGCUGCAGAGGGUCGGGGGCGUGGACGUGUCCUUUGUGAAGGGCGACAGUAUCAGCGCUUGUGCCUCGCUGGUGGUUCUCAGCUACCCUGAGCUCGAGGUGGUGUAUGAGGACUGCUGCAUGGUUAGCCUGACGGCUCCCUACGUGUCGGGCUUCCUGGCCUUCCGAGAGGUGCCCUUCCUGGUGGAUGCAGUGCGGCGGCUGCGGGAGAAGGAGCCCCGCCUCGUGCCCCAGGUCCUCCUCGUGGAUGGAAAUGGGGUUCUCCACCACCAAGGCUUCGGAGUGGCCUGCCACCUCGGCGUCCUCACAGACUUGCCCUGCAUUGGGGUGGCCAAAAAACUCUUGCAGGUGGACGGGCUAGAGAACAACGCCCGGCACAAGGAGAAGAUACGACUUCUGCGGGCUGGAGGAGACUCAUUUCCUCUGAUAGGAGGCUCUGGGACUGUCCUGGGCAUGGCCCUGAAGAGCCACGACCACAGCAGCAAGCCCCUCUAUGUCUCCGUGGGCCACAAGAUAAGCCUGGAGGCUGCUGUGCGCCUGACCCAAGGCUGCUGCAGGUUCCGGGUUCCGGAGCCCGUGCGCCAGGCUGACAUCCGCUCUCGAGACUACAUCCGCAGGACCCUGGGAGUCCCUGGGCCACCUGCACCGGGGCAGGAGAGGAGCCAGAAGGUACAGAGGCCAAAGGUGUGCCCCAAGGAAGGUUCAGAAGAGCCUGAGGGUGAGGGCAGGCCCCCUGAGGCCCAUAGCUGAGGCCCCAAGACACACCAGAAAGGCCAGCAGCGGCAGUGGAGGAGCUGAGCUGGACACGGUGGAGCGCUCGGGCUGCCUGCCUUCCCGCGCCUGCCUGAAGUAGUGACUGGGGGUACGGCACCCCCCCCCAGCCGCAGGUAGAGCACCCAGGCCCCAGCACACGCGGGCAGCGCAAUCCACGGGGACGGCAGUGGGCUUGGCCCCGCUGGGGUGGGCCCGGGCGACUGCCCCUCCUGCUCCGAGGUCUCAGUCACGAGGCUGUCAAGAGCUCUGCAGGGGACAGAUCUCAUACCACAGAGCGCCAGACCCGCAAGGAGCCUGGUGUUGCUUUCCUUGGAACACGGGAAGGGCCUUCAGGGUUCAUGGGGAGCUUUUGGUGUGUGGUUUUGUUUUUUUUUCCUAAAAGUGCCCAGGUGGGCUUAAGACUGCCAGACUACGUGUCCGUCCCCUGCUGCUCGUCCGUCUGUCCCUUUAGCACACCCACAGCUGCUUUUCUUGCUUUUGUGUUUGUUUUUAAACCAGCGGUGCCCCUCAUCUCCACCCUUGGCCAUUCAGCCAUACUGAGUGGCCUCUGCCCUGAUCCUGGAGGGUGCAAGCUGGGGUGGCCAGGCCUGGUCCCUGGCUGCCCUGCCCGUCUGCCAGCACACUCGGGGAUUGGGAGACCCACGGGACGCUCUGGUCACCAGAGGACCAGCACUGGUAUCCGAGGGGAGGGGUGUCAGGCCCUGCCGCCCUGGCUAGGGGCUGUGAGGCUGGGCAGCCCUGUCUGGGAAGCCAGUUGAGGCACGUUCCCUCUGGGUUGGAGUGCUGUGAGCCUUCCCCUGCUGCUGCCCGCCGGGCGCCCUCCCCUGCCAGCCUCCUUACCACAGACUCAGCCUCCACUGCAGGGACGUGGCGUGUCCCUGUCCUGGCUGCUUGUCUUGGUGAGGGCUGCAAGUCCCAGCUUGCAGGGGCCAUGCCCCUUGCCCGCAGCCACCAGGCCCCUGCGUGCCAGCUCGCCCCCAGGCUGCCUACACACUCUGGCAUUUACUGAAAAUGUGAUUUUAAGAGGCCUUUCUUGCCAUUCAUAGUAUUUUUCAAAGUGCUGGUUGGCACAGUUGGGACGGCCCUGGGUCUCAGCACUCCCCGCCCCACCAUCUUCCAUUUGUGAGAAGUGAGCUCUUCUCUGGGGCCCAGACCCCUGGGAGAAACGAGGGGGGACAGUGAGCAAGACAGGCUGCUGGCCCCCUUCCCCUCCUGCUCUGACGGUGCUCCUGAGGCCCCCUUACAAGGCCGGGUGGCUGGGGGGAGGCUCCGCAUUGGGCUUCCCCACUUGAUGGUAGCAGCCCCUAUUUGGGACAUCUCAGUAGGAAGCAGGAUCGCCCCAGGACAGGUGGGGCUGUGGGUUGCCACCAAGAUGCUUAGGGGCUCUCCUCCAUGGCCUAGUGAGGAGAGCAGGUUCCAGCAUGUUCCAUAGGUGCCUUUGAGGGGACCCCUGUAUGUGGGAAGGAACAAGCCAGAUUCUAUCCUCCUGUCCACUCCUGCUGCCUCCCCGAUGUCUCAACCCAGCUUCCGUUCCUCCCAGUCCUGGGAGUGGGACUCCCCAGAGCUGGGGUGCACAGGGAGCCUCGGCUGCCCUCCGUGGGAUCCCAGGAUCCUGGUGCUGUGCCUGUGACUUCACACCCUGCACCCCAGCAUCAUGAAAGUGACUUUCAGCUCACCUCUGCCCGAGGUGGCCCAGUUCUCCCUGCUUUGGGACCGAGACACAAGGCUGUCCCUUGGGAAAGCGCAACACAGCACCUGCUGGAGCUCCGAGGCUAUGACUUCGCACCUGGAGCUGCUUUCUCCCCGGGGUUAUAAGCGCCCCAGCUUGGGUAGGUUAAGUAGGAGAAUACCUGUAGUCUUUCGCUCAGUGGUGGACACAGUUCCCCAUAAACAAACACAGGUGGGAGGGGCAGCCAGCGCCCCACACCUGUCCCAUGUAGUCCUGCCUGAGGUUUGAGGGGCACGGAGGUCCCUGGGCAUAAGCAGACCUGGGCAGGGCUCCUCCAGGGCAGGGUCACACCUCUGCGAAGCCCAGCCAUGGUCCUGGAGGCUCUGAUGGGGGCAGGGCAAGAACCGGCUGCGGCGUACCCUGGAGCUGGGACUUGGGCACCUUGCCUUCCGUCCGCAGACCCAGCGAGGCCUGGACGAGACCUGUUUUCUGGGAGAAGGAGGGUCUGAGGCAGGCCGGGGAGCUGGCAAUGGAGUGGUGGCCUUGCCCCAGAGAAGGGCAUGGGGGGUCUGAGCAGAGGGUUGCUGGCUCCAUGUGCCCCCAGCAGUGCCCAGUUUCCGCCCCUGCCCUGUGGUCUGUGGCUGAGGGAAACUAGCCCUUGGCAGGGGCUCCAGAUAACUGCUGCUUCAUCCCACCACCCUCUGUUCCAAGGGCAUGCAGACACUCGGGACACUGUGCCAGGGUGGCCAGGCUGCAGGAGACUCCACGUCAGUCUGCUGCCCAAGCAGGUCUCACUCCCACCACCGCCCCCAGAGCUCUCAGCCCACGCUACCUGGCACUGCACACCACCGCUCUCUUGUCCAAGUCCAGGCCUUUCCCUGCCCAGGGUGCAUCAGGACCAGGGUGGGGGGUGUCAGGAGAGACAGAGUUUAAGGUGGGGCCCAUGGAGGCCAGGAUAGAUGGCCGUCUGCUGCAAGGUUGUGCUAACAACUCCAGUGGGAAGGAAAAAACAGGAAGGAAAAGGAGUCCCCAUCUCCUCCCAGCCUCUCAUGCCAUCCCAGGCCCCCAGAACGCAAGUCCUGUGAGAACUGCACAGGCAGGACCAGUCCUCCCAGGUCCAGACCGUGCCUUAUGCAUCCCCCACCCGUGCGGACAGGAGAGCUGCCCUGGGGCUGGGGGCUUGGCACCAGGUCGCAGCAGCAACCCCUGGGGCCCCACCUCUCUAAGGGGUGCAGGCAGAUGGCCCUGGCUUCCUACUGGGGUGGGAGGGGGGCUCUGCCACAGUGGGGUCCCCAUCCCCCUCAUUUCCUCCCCCUUCUCAGUGAAGAGCAGGCCAGAGCCUGGAGAGAAGUUUGCAGACAACUUACCCAGGUAGUUUUGUUUUGAAAUUAAAGUCCCAUCACAAAAACUGCCAUUUUAAGCGGGUUUUUUUAAGUGUACAAUUCAGUGGUUUUUAGUACAUUCAGGAUCUUUUGCCAUCGGGACUACUGUCUAGUUCUUGAGCGGCUUCGUCACCCCAGAGGGAACCCACUCCCUGUGAACAGUCACUCCCCCUGCCCUGGCAGCUCUGGGCGCCAGAAUCCAUACAGUCACGCUGUGGCCUUUGUGUCUAGCUGCUCUCACAUCUCUGGCUCCACGUUCUGAGCACAGGGUUUUCACGGUCCCUCCGCUGUGCUGCGCCAAGCCAUGCCGCUGUGGCUGGCCCAGCGCGACUCCGUUGUCCAGCCAGAGCGCGUGUCGCGGACGCCCGCCCACCGUGGGGGAUUUGACCCGUUCCUCUUCGUGCCUAUUAUGUGUACACGGCCAAGCACACGGGCAGACAGGUGUCUCCUGUCCUCCCACGUGUAUACCGAGGAGGGCCGUCUCUGGGUCCUGUGGCGGCUGGCUGUGUGUUUACCUUCUGGGAAAGAGCCAUGCUGUUUUGCUGCUGCUUUCCACGUGCUCCCCAGCAAGGCGGGGCUCCCGUGUCUCCCCGGCUGCUCCGAUUCUGGCCACCCUGGGGGUGUGAUGUGCAUUUCCCUAAUGACGGAGGACGCUGAGCACCUUUUCGUGUGAUCCUUGGCCAUUUGUCUGUAGAAAUCCUUUGCCCUUUUUGAAAUGGGGUUGUCAUGUCGUUGUGGAGCUGUGAGCGUUCUCUCUGUGCUCUGUAUUCCAGACCCCUCUCGGUUACGUAACUCACACAUGGGCUCCCGCUGCUCUGUGGGCUGUCUUUUCACUCCCUGGAUAGUGUUCUUUGUGCGUGAAAGCUGUUGAGUUUGAUGAAGUCCAACGUGUCUGUUGCUCAUCUGUUGCUUGUGCGUCUGGUGUCGUAUUGAAGAAACCAUGGCCUAAUCCAGGGUCAUGGACGCUUCCUCCAAGAGAGUUACGGUUUUAGCUCCUACAUUUACAUCUCUGACCCGCUUUGAGUUCCUGUUUAUGUGUGGCUCUUCUGGGUCCCUGGCAGUUAGGCUGAGUUUUAGGACCAUUUUGUCCAUUUCCGCAAAAGGCAGUUGGACUUCGAUGGGCACUGUGCUGACCGACUCGGGGAGCACUGCCCCCUAGUGGUGCUCGGUCUUGCCUGCGCUUGUGCGUGGGCGUCUCUUCCUUUCCUUUUUCGUGAACUUCUGUCCAUAUCAUUGUGUGGUUUUCAGUGUACAAGUCUUUUUUGGAGAGGGAGAGAGAGGGGUGGGAGGGGCAGAGGGAGAGAGGAUCUCAAGCAGGCUCCACACCCAGCACGGAGCCUGAUGCGGGGCUUGACCUCACAACCCUGAGAUCGUGACCUGAGCCAAAAUCAAGAGUCAGAUACUUAACCAACUGAGCCACCCGGGCUCCCCUUCAGUGUACACGUCUUACCCUUCCUUUGGUUAAAUUUAUUCCUAAGUAUCCGUUCUUUUUGAUGCUAUUAUAAAUGGAAUUGUUUUAUUAACUUCAUUUUUGGAUUGUUCAUUGCUAGCUCUGAGUGCGUGUGUGUGCAUGUGUGCGCACACCUUCUCAGGGCGUUGUCCAUGUAAGGUCGUGUCGGGUGCAAAUAGACAUAGUUUUACUUUUCCCUCUUCCUUUCCAGUCUGAGCGCCUUUCUGUCCCUCCCUUGCCUGAUUGUCUGGCUAGGACUUCCGGUAGGACAUUGACAACCAGUGGCGAGCACAGACGUCCUUGUCCUGCUCCUGAUUUGAAGAAGAGCGCUCUCAGUCCCCAAUGAGGACAGUGUGGGCUGCAGGCUCUUCACGGACGCCCUUUUCAGGCUGAGGAAGCUCGCUUCUGUUCCCAGUCUCUCUGUGUCUUUAUCACAAACGGGCUUGUGUUUGUCCAGCUCUCUCUGUGUCUAUCGAAAUGAUCGUUUCCCUUCACUCUGUAAUGUGCUGUGUCACAUGGGUUGAUUUUGAGCCACUCUGCAUUUCUGGGAUGAAUUGCACUUGGUCGUGCUGUAUAAUCCUUGUAUUAUGCUGCUGGAUUUGAUCUGCUGGUAUUUUGUUGAGGACUUCUAGAUCGAUAUUCCUCAGGGUUAUUGGUCUGUAGUUUUCUCAUGGUGUCUUUGUCUGGUUUGGUAUCAGGGUAAUGCUGGCCUCCAGGAAGAGAACCCGCAGCAGUGUAGGGUGCCAUGGGCUCCUCAGCCCUUUCACUGGCCAACCAAGACACGGAGCGCAAGUCAGAGAAGCAGCAAAGAGAUAGUGGGUUUUGGCAGUUUGUUGAGAACCCGCCCACCCCGGGGAUGCGGGCGUGGAUACAGCCAGGGCUUUUCAGAGGGGGCUGGGCUUAGGGGAAUGGGGUGCAGGGGUCAGACGUGGGCCAGGGUGGGAGUUCGGGGAGGGGGACGGUGGCUGAGAGCUGUCCACGGAGGCAGGUGGAGGGGCUGAGGUGGGGACCUGCCAGCCAGGGUCAUUCGCAGGAGACCUAGAAAGCAUCAGGCAUGGGUAUGGGGAGGGAGCUUCAGGGGGGCAUGCCUUGCCCACUCCACCCCCACCCCAGGAGCUCGGCUCUGUCGCCCCAGGGUAGAAGGGCGUGUGGGGGCCCUGAGUUGGUGGUGUCUCAGCUCCUUCCCACAGAACCUUAAAAAUAGGGCCGAGAUGAUGUCCAUCUUCACAGACCACAGCCUGCCCCAGAGCCAAGAAUAAGUCUUGAGACACUCAAUAAUUCAAGUCGGAUCCAAAUAGAUCUUCCUGUUAACCCAGCAGCCUCUGCGCCCUUUCCCUAGGUCCCCACCCUUCCCAAGGGCUGGGAGUGAGAGGCUCCCAUGAGGUGGGUUGGCCUGGCCAUUGCAGGUCACACUUGGGCCCCUUGGUUCUCCCCAUCUCGGGGACCCCAGCCUGUGCACCAUCCUCUCUCUCGGCCCAUUCAGGAAUGGGGGACACCCAGGGCUGGGAGUGGCCCUUCUUGAUCAGGCCAAAUCCAGGCCUCGGGGGAGGCCUGGCCAUGGUCCUAACUGUCCCAAGGACCCCCCUCCCCCACCCCUACUCUCUGGCUACAGGCAUUUUCCCGUUUGAGUCUGGUUUAUAGCCAGUCUCCUCAGCACCUUCAACCAUCCCUCACUCCUCCCCCUAGGCCCCUGGGGUCCCAACUUUACAGGGCCUGAAGGCCACCUGGGCUCCAGUCACUGAUGUGCAUGCACCCCUGAGGGUCUCUUUUCCUGCCUCUUCCUGGAUGGGUCCUGAAGGGGCUUGACCUAGGCCUUCAGGGCCGAGUGGGAACAGCUGGGAACAAGGAGCCAGAGUCCUGAAUUCCAGCCCAAGGCCUCUGUACCCGCUGUGGGAGGGGGAGUUCCUCAGGGACCUGGCCCACCCCCUCCAGGUUUGUUGCAGCCCCAGCAGUCCCUGCUGCACUGCCCUGGCUGGGCCCUGCAUGGAGUUUUACCAAAUUAUUAAUUAAAGGCACAGGCAUGCGGCAGCGCUGACAUCCAAAUGAAUAGCACGCUGGGUAAUUAGGCAAGGUGUCAUGGAAAUGAUGGAGCACAGCCCACUAUCCCCAAUUCACCUCCCCAGGAAGUAGGAGCAGCUUCUGGCACCUUCCUACUGCCAUAGGCGGCACUGGGGGCAGGGACAGCUGUUGCUUGGGAACAGGGCUCGGCCCCCCUCUGUCUGAUUCUUCCCCACCCAACAGGCAGAAGAAUGGGGAAGGGGACAGUGAAGAUGGGCUCACUGUGCAAGAUAGACAGACAAGCAGACCUAGAGCAACGCAGAGGGAGGGAACAUGGGGGAAGCCAGCAGAGGGCCACGGUGGGGCAGAGGAGGAAGACCUAGGCCAGACUCCAGGACGUAGGGGAGGGACUGCCCAUGAGAUCCAGGCAGCUCCCUAACCCUUCCCUGGGAUUCCUGGGAGUUUGUUCACACACACACUUUCCUUCCACCCAUCUUCUCAGUUUGGCUGAAUCCUAAUUCAAUGUGUGCAUUAUUUCUCUGCUCCCACUACGCACAGCUGAGUAACCCAUCUCCCUUCUUAUAGAACCUCUUGUUUUUCCUGGACUUAAUAACUGCCUCAUGUUUUGGGUUUGGUUUGUGUACCUAUUACUUAUUCAUCCCCAAACCAUGCAACAAAAAUAAAAAUGUCUUUUUUGGUACGUGAAGAACA